AGGCCCGGGGGCAGCGGGGGGAGCCCGGCGGGGACGCGGUGACACCCCGGUGACACCCCGGUGACACCCCGGUGACACCCCGGUGACACCGCCGCCGUGCAGCCACCGCCGCAGCAAUGGAGCCCCGCUGCCCGGCCUGGCUGCAGAUCUGCCCCGGGCCGUGCCGCCUCCUGCUCCACGCUCUGUGCUCCGGCCCCGGCGGGGCGAUGGCCGCACUGAGGGUGCUGCAGCGGGGCCAGCCCCGCGAGGGACCGGGGCAGGCGUUCCCCUGGCAGGCUCUCACCGCAGCCCUGUGCGCCGAGGAGCCCUCGCUGGAGGGGCCAAAGGACACCCUGGCCGUCAAGCCACAGCUGCUGCUGCUGCCCGUUUUGUGCCAGAGAAACCUCUUCUCCCUGCUCCUGGUGGUUCAGGAUGUUGUGCCCGGGGAUUGCCUUGACCAGCUGCUCCAGGCCUUGGAGCAAGAUUCCCAUGUGGAUCCCUGGGUGAAGACACUGGGGGAUCUGCUCCAGCAGGAAGCAAGGGCAGAGGAGGGUUCCCCACAUCCCACUGCCCUGUCUUCCAUGUGCCAGCAGCAGCUUAGGGGCCUGUGCCAGAAAAUUGCCCAGAAGAAACCAGAGGGGCAAAGAAAAUUGAACUGGUGCUUCAGCAAGCAGGCUGGUGCCCCUGACUCUGCACCUCAAGGUGGGAAGUGCAAGAGAAUGUCAGAGGAGAGCCUGCAGUUGGACAGUGAGAGAGAGGGGAAGAGGUUGUUGCUGGAGGAGGUGGCAUUUGAGCCCCUGGAGCCCCAGGAAUGUGGAGAUGUAGCAGGGGUGGAAGAAGAGGUGCCUGAGGAGCCUUCAGGGGAUGUAUCUGCUCAGAGCACAGAUAAGGCUGCUCCAGACAGCUCCCAGCAAGAUGCAGUUGGGGAGCUCAGGAAGAUUUCCCAGACAGAGCUGGCAGUAGAGGUCCAGUCCUUUGUCCAGAUGCAUGGACAGAGGCUGAAAAUGCUGCUGCUGCAGGAGUCCAGUCACUGCGAGCUGCGCACCCCACCCGAGCUGAGCAUCCUGAACAGCUGCUCCCCCAGCCAGCUCGAGGGGCUGUGCUCCUUCCUCCAGCUCUCCACGUGCCUGGAGCCCUUCCUGGUCCGUUUCUGCAGUUGGCUGCUGGCUCUGACCCCUGACCUCAGCUACACCAGCGCAGCCAUCCUGGCAGAGCAGCUCUUCCUCAGGCGAGUCCUGUCCCUCACCCAGCCGCCUUCCCGACACCUCAUGGCUGCCCUCACUUCGUUUUGCUCCAAGUAUUCCCAUCCCUUCUGCCGUGUACUGGUGGCUGCGGUGCUGCAGGAGCCUGGGGAAGGUGCUGAGCAGACCAAGCUGAUGUGUGAGCUCGUGGAGGAGUGCCUGGAGCCACACGCUGUGCAGCUGGUGCUGAGCCAAGUCCUGGAGGUGCCUUUGUCAGAGAGACUCCUGCCAGUACUGCAGGCUGUGCUGGGGCGGCAGGAGGUGCUUCCCCCUAAGCUUUUGGAUCUCCUGGUCCUGACUCUGUGCCAGCAGGCCCCAGCCUUUGCCACAUCACUCAGCUUCGCCAAGCUGGUGAUGGCCGUGCUCACAGUGUACCAGAGCCAGGUCACCCCAGCUCACCGGGGCAGUCUGGCUGCGGUCCUGGAUCAGAGCAAUGCGGUGCUGAAGAAAUCGCUGCAGGCUGUGCUGGAGGGGGCCAGGUGACCACCAAAAGGAAGGUGGCAGCUUCCUUGCUUGGAGGACACUCAUUGCACAGCAGCAGCCACAGCCACCCCUCACUGGGUUCCCCUGGUGAGCAGGGUCUGUUCCCCACGGAGUGCCCAGUGAGGGGGCUUUUGCUGGGUCAGUGCCAUCCCAGCCUCUCACGCUCUCUGGGUCUCAGAGGGGUCUUGGUUGAACAAUUCAUGUGUUUCCAGGUGUUUCUG